UAAUACAUCCAAAUCCAAUCCUCAUUGGAAGGAGAAAAUAUUCAGUGGAAACAGCACACCACGUACAGGUCCACAUAGAGGUUAUAAUCCAAUAACUCACACGCUGCCUUUCUUUUUCUAUUUUCGUCAACCAAUACAGUAAUACAUAGAAAAUUCAGCCAAAUCCAAAGACAAUCAUGUCCAUCUCUUCCUCUAUAUUCACUUCUCUAAUUUUCUUACCUCCCAAACCAUCUCUGUCUUCUUUCUCUGGUAUCAUCGCCAAGACAAUCCAAACGACUAGAGGUGGGAAUGGUUUCGGCUUGCUGAUAGAGGGAUCGUGGAGACCGCAGAAGAAGGCAACUGCACAUCACAUGAAGACAAGGCCGCGGAAGAGUCAACCAUGGGAUAUAAGACGCAAACCCGCUGUGUAUCCUCCUCUUCCCUCUCUUCCUUCUGAGUGGACUCUCGUUUCUUCUGGUGGUGGUGAUGAUGGCGGUGCUGGUUCUGAUGUUGCUGGUGAGAGUGCUGGGUCUUCAAUUUCUAUUGUACAGGCCUCACUUUGAAGUGGGUAGCUUGUUGUAUGUUGUACUGUCGUGUGCGUUGUAUUUCUUUGAGAUAUCGUUGUUGGUGUUCUCCUUUUGUAUGUUGGUCUUUUCGUUUUUUCAUGUUUGAUGAAGAUUACGAGUGAAUUGAAAUUA